GUGUUUGUUUGAGGUUCUGCAGACCACGGAGUUCUGCAACAGCUGCUGAUGCGUCUGGAGAGGACAUCUUACUCAAAUGGGGCCUUUUCCUGGUCCCUCUGACAGCGUUCUGCCUCGGCACGUGGCAGAUUCAGCGACGAAAGUGGAAGUUAGAUUUGAUUGCCCAGCUGGCAUCAAGAAUAUCAUCGGAGCCCAUCCCUCUGCCAUUGGACCCCAUGGAAUUGAAGGAACUGGAGUACAGACCUGUAAAGGUCCGAGGGCAUUUUGACCACUCCAAGGAGCUCUACAUUUUGCCACGGUCACUUGUAGACUCGGAGCGAGAAGCCAGAGAAGCCGGGCGGCUGACAUCCCACCCGGAAAACGGAGCAAAUGUCGUUACUCCCUUCUACUGCACAGAACUAGGGGUCACGAUUUUAGUCAACCGAGGAUUUGUGCCCAAAAAGAAACUGAAACCAGAGACCAGGCUGAAGGGACAGAUAGAAGAUGAAAUUGAUCUCACCGGGGUGGUGAGGCUAUCAGAAACCAGGAAACCUUUUGUGCCUGAAAAUAACAUUGAGAGAAACCGCUGGCACUACCGUGACCUGGAGGCCAUGGCAAAAGUGACCGGUGCCGAGCCGAUCUUCAUUGAUGCAGAUUUCAAAAGCACAGUCCCAGGGGGGCCCAUCGGCGGCCAGACGAGGGUGAGCCUGAGGAAUGAGCACAUGCAGUACAUUGUCACCUGGUACGGCUUAUGUGCUGCAACUUCAUUCUUGUGGUACAGAAAAUUUGUAAAAAAGAUACCUCUGUGAGGGAAAGGGCUCCUCUGUACUACAAUCAAG